AUGAUAAUUACUCUUGCUUACAUUAUGACUAUAGCUGCAAACUCUAUGGUUAUAGUUGUUGUCUGCUUUGAUUCUCAUCUUCAUACACCCAUGUACUUCUUUUUAGUGAAUCUCGCUAUAAUCGAAUUAUUGUACACUACGGUGAUCAUUCCAAAUACUUUAAGCAAUCUACUAAGUGAAAACCAGCAUAUCUCAUUUGUAGGCUGUUUUACUCAGAUGUUUACAUUCAUAACUUUAGGAGGCUCAGAAUGCAUUCUGCUUGGUUUAAUGGCGUAUGACAGAUAUGUAGCCAUAUGCCAACCUCUGCUGUAUACUGCCAUCAUGAACAAGUCCCUUUGCAUCUAUAUGACAAUUACCUGCUGGACUAUUGGAUUUAUAACAUCAGUAGUGAACACUGUUCUUACAGCUAUAUUACCCUACUGCCGUGAUCGCCUUAUUAGACAUUAUUUCUGUGAGCUUCCUCCACUUCUGAAGAUUUCUUGCAAGAGCACGUACAUUAAUGAAUUGGUAGUCUUCCUUUUAGGUGGCAGUGUGAUUGUUGGUUCCCUUCUUCUAACUCUAAUCUCAUACAUCUUUGUCAUACGGGCAGUAGUCAAGAUCCCCAGUGCCAGUGGAAAGAAAAAGGCUUUCUCCACAUGUACUUCUCAUCUCCUCGUGGUCAGCAUGUUCUUUGGGACAGCUAUCUUAACAUAUCUCCGUCCAUCUUCACAGUCAUUCUUAGAUAGAGUACCUUCUGUGAUUUACGGUGUUUUAACACCAUUAAUUAAUCCUUUUAUUUACAGCAUACGAAAUAAGGACUUCAAGAAAGCUAUAAAUAAAUUGAUGCUACAUAGGAACCAGUGA